UCACUACUUUACAUUGUAGCAAAGUGUCAUUUCUUCAUUGUUGUCAAAUGAAAAGUUAUAAUCAAAUAUUUACAAAAAUGUGAGGGGUGUACUCACUUUUCUGAGAUACUGUAUGUACACAUUUUGGAGCAACAUAUGCUGCCAUCCAGAGCAGGACAACGGCAAACCAAAUUCUGCCUGGAUUACAAGCACACAGCUGCGUAAGCAGACAGUGUAGGUGCUAAUAGCCUGCCUACAGUCCUGACCUGUCUCCGAUUGAAAAUGUGUCACAUUAUGAAGUGCAAAAUAAGGCAACAAAGGCCCUCUACAGUUGCACAGCUGAAGAAAUGCAUAAUGGAUGAAUAGGGGUAAAUUCCACUUGCUAAACUUAACCGACUGGUGUCUUCAGUGCCCAAAGCCUUAAUAGGUGUUGUUACUGUCCCAAUUUUUUUGGAGUGUGUUCAAUUCAAUUAAAUUCAAUUUUAUUUGUAUAGCGCUUUUUACAAAAGACAUUGUCUCAAAGCAGCAAGUUGCUGCUUGCUGUGUGUUGCAGUCAUCAGAUUUGAAAUGAGUGUAUAUUUUCAAAAAUAAAUUAAAUUCACAAAGUAAAACAUCAAAUAAUGUGUUUUGAAUAUAGUACAGGGUGAACUGAAUUUUCAAAUGACUUUUUGUUUGUUGGGGGGGUUUUUUUGCAUUUUUUCCAUACUGUCCCAACUUUUUUUGGAAUUGAGGUUGUAUAUAAUGUAAUUAUGUGGUAUAAUUUAUUAUUAAGAUAACAAAUAAUAUAUGCAACAGGCACUGGUGAAUAUAAAAGUGCAGAAUUCAAUGUGUAUAAAUGCGAUUUAAAGUACUUAUGGGUUAUACCAUGUUGGUGUUAUGAAUCCUGACAACCAAUCUACAAUUUAUAUGUUUGAGCAAACAGUAUAUUUAAUUCUCUUUCUAGACUGUGCAGUAUGUAGGUAUCUCUACGAAUAAUCAUGUAUUGCAAAGCAUAAAGGUAAAGCAGCUGGCUAAUAACAACAGUACUUGUUAGAAAUCAUGUGCAAAUGAGAGGGGAGGUGUUUGGGGUUUUUUUUGUUUUUUUUUUGGCGAGAAGGUCUCCUUGGGGUUGAGAACACACAUCUUCAUGCUCCCUGACUCAAGUUCAUAGUGUCAGAGUGGUUAACAAGGAGGAUAGCUGCUUUGCAGAGACACACUGAUCCAGCAUCUGAAGGUUAGUGCUUACUAACUUACUAUUUUCUUACAGUUUAGUAUUGAAUGAAUUUUUACAUUGAUGCUAAUGUUUUUAUUGUUUAGAAAUAAAUCACUGCAUAAAAUGAAAAACAGAAAAAAAGUUUAUAUCUACAGUAAUUUGACUUGCUGGUCAUACACUAUGUAAUAUAUAUGUGAUAAUGCACAGUGUAUAUAUACUUAUUUCUAAACUUAAUCAUAAUUUCACACUCCUUCAGGAGGAAACAAUCAUGGCCUUUGCAGGGAUAUUGAAAGAAGAGGACAUCGCUGCAGCAGUCCAGGCUUGCCUAGAUCCAGGCACCUUCUGUCACAAUUCCUUCUUUGAACAAGUGGGGCUCUUCAGCAAUUCAAACGUAGAUGGUGAGAAGGUGUUCAAAGUCCUCGACCAAGACAAGAGUGGAUUUAUUGAGGAAGAGGAGCUCAAACUGUUUCUCCAGAACUUCGUGGCAGGUGCCAGAGAGCUGACAGAUGCUGAGACCAAAGCUUUCCUGGCUGCUGGAGACUCUGAUGGAGAUGGCAAAAUUGGGAUGCAAGAAUUCUGUGCACUUCUAAACUGAAAUAAUGACAUAUCUACUGUACUGAUGCUGAGCACCUACAAUUUUCUUUCUUACUUAUUCUUACUUAUGUUGUGAGUCAUAAUUUUCAGUUGUUACAAUCAGACUGAUAUCUGAAUUUAAAAAUAUUUAAAUUAAAUGUGAAAAUAAAGUUUAGUACUUCACAUUUUGUGUCUUGCAUUUUAUUAAACACAAAUGAAAAAUUUUCAAUUUUCAAUUUAAUGGGACAAAGUUUUAAUCAACAAUAAUUUGUCAACAUCCACAUUAUUUAAAACAAUAAUUCGAUCUUUUUUUCAUUCACUAUAUGAGUGAAUUAUUAACGUUCUGAUUAUUACAGGUAUUACAGUGUUACAGUGGUUUGAUUUCAUAUUUAGUUUGUGCUCAACGAUGACUUUAGUUCUUAGCAGUUUUAUCUCAAACUAUAAAGUCAGUUGGUCAAUAUUUAGCUUUUAUUUACCUCGUAUCGAUAUAUUAGGGAUGUAACCUAUUAUGGUUACCCUGAAGAGUUCUAAACUAGUACAAAUACAGAUACGAAUAGUAGUGUAGUAUUUUUUUGUUUGUUUUUUUGUUUGAGCUGCUAAGCAGGAUAUAGUAACUCAUAUAAUCACUCUUUACAACUUGAGUCACCGAAACUGGACAGUUGAAGACUGGAAAAAGACCACUUGAUUUUUUCCUAAUCUUUAACUGUCCAAUUUGGGUGAGUCUGUGCCCAUGAUAUUUUCAGAUUCUUGUUCUUGGCUGACAGGAGUGGAACCUGAUGUGGUCUUUAAAUGUUGUUGCCUAUCCAAUUUCAAGGUUCUAUGUUUUGAGUUACUAUAGACUUCCUGUCUCCUCAAACCUGUCUGGACGUUCUCCUCGGAUCUCUCUCAUCAACAAGGUGUUUCAGCCUGCAGACCCUCUGCUCACAGGAUUUUUUAAACCCAACCCAUCUGGCACCAACAACCAUGCCACGGUUAAAGUCACAGAGAUCACAAUUUUUCCCCAUUCUGAUGUUUGAUGUGAACAUUAACUGAAGCUCUUGACCUGUAUCUGCAUGAUUUUAUGCAUUGUGCUGCUGCCACAUGAAUAGGAGAUUAGAAAAUUGCAUGAAUGUGCAGGCAUACAGGUGUUCAUAAUAAAGUGGAUGGAGAGUGUACAAUUCCAAAGCUAAGCCUUGUCAUUAGUUUACUGUUAAUUUCAGUUCCCUGUUCAUGUGAUUUUUUUACUAAAUAGUUUAAUCAUAGUAUAUAUAAAUUUAUAUGGUCUAAUCUCCAAUAAAAAAAUAAAAUAAAAAAACGGUCUUAUAAACUACAACAAUUUACAUUUUACAAUUUACAGGCUUUUGGAAGUGAUUUGCUGAUAUACUUAUUCCCUUAUAAUGUAUUUUAACAUGCCUAGUACUGUUUGACUUUAUACUAUAUAAUUGUAGAAGAGUAUUGAUGUGUUAUAUUUGUGCAGUAACCUGCGAUGCAAAAGACUGGUGUUUGACAGAAAUGUCAUCAGUAUAAACACAAAAUGGCACAAAUGGUAAAAUUAUUUUUGUCUAUCUGAUUUUUAUGUAUUUUAGAUAUAGCAAUGGUUUUGUGUUGAGUCGUAAGUAAUGAAAAUUCAUUCUGAAUAUUUAAAUCUGACUCCUCUCAAGGUUUCUUCCUCAUGACAUCCUGUUGUUUUGUAGCCUCUGUCUUGCUCUUUAGGGAUCUACAUAUAACCCUACAUCAAGACUGGUACAUCUACUAUAAAAGCACUACACAAAUAAUCAUUAAUUGAAUUACUUGUUACAAAUUGUGUGAUUAUAUACCCGUUUUAGAGCCACCUUGUGUUACCUAUUAUUAGUCAUAUUUAGCAUAAUACAAUUUACAUUUUAGGCUUUUGUCAUUAAAUGUAGCGGUUUUGUGUCUCUGCUUGGAUCAUAAGAGGUUAAAAUUAAAUUAUUAAAACAUCGAUGGUGAUUAUAAU